AUGGCCGAACGCGAGGCUGACGGCAAUUUCACAGCUACUCACUCUUUUGUUCCUCGACUUUGGCAGAUUUUUCCAAUAGCAGAACGAUAUGCCAGUCGUCUAAUAGAUCAUUUGAAAAAGACAGACCUGAAGAAGCCUCUCCAAGUAAAGGAAGUUCUUGGCCCCUACAGUAUGGAUGUUAUCAUCAGCGCUUGGUUCAGUGUCGAGAUCGACUCCAUUAACAACCCACAGGACCCAUUUGUCAUCCAUCUCAAGAACUUUUUUCAGUUCAGUUUCUUCAGCCCUGUCUUAGUGAUAACAGCUUUGUUUCCAUUUGCAGAGAGGAUAUUGGGUAAAAUGGGUUUCAGGAUGUUCUCAAAGACAAGUAUAGACUUUUUUUACACCUUCCUCAGGAAGAUUAAAGACCAGCAUCAUGCUGAAAAGAAUGGGCGAAUGGACUUUCUGCAGCUCGUGAUCCAAGGUCAGAUACCAGAUGAUAAAGCUGAGGAGACACCAGGUGACCAGACAGCUAAAGGCUUAACUGAUCAUGAGAUUCUGUCCCAGUCCUUUACUUUCAUCCUCGGUGGUUAUGAGACAACCAGCACCACACUGACCUUUCUAAUGUACAAUCUGGCAACCAAUCCAGAUGCUUUGAGGAAACUAGUGGAGGAGAUUGACAUGGCAUUUCCUAAUAAUGCUCCUGUCACAUAUGAGAAAUUAAUGGAUCUAGAAUAUUUAGACAUGGUUAUAAAUGAGUCCCAGUGUCUGCUCCCUAUUACACCCUGUACUAUGAGAGCAUGUAAGAAAACAGUGGAGGUAAAUGGAGUAACCAUUCCCAAGGAUACUGAGGUUGGAAUUCCAAUUUAUGUUCUACACCAUGACCCACAACACUGGACAUCACCUGAGGAGUUCAGACCUGAAAGAUUCAGCAAAGAGAACAAAGGAGACAUCAACCCCUAUGCAUUCUUGCCCUUCGGUCUGGGACCACGAAAUUGUGUCGGAAUGAGAUUUGCCCUCAUGGUCAUGAAGCUUGCUGUGGUGAAGCUGUUUCAAAAUUUCCAUCUUGAGACAUGCAAAGAAACUCAGAUCCCCAUUGAGUUGAAUACCAUGUUCCAUCCAAAAGUUCCUGUUACUCUUAAAUUUGUUUCACGGUAUGAUGGGGAAAAGGAAGAGUAA